UCUUGAAUCUGUUUAUUCUGACGCGUUCGAUCGACAGAGAAUCUUCGCGCGAUACAAAUGUGUCUCGUUCACGGUCAAACUUAGUCGCUUAUUUCCAUGGAAUCUCAUUUACUAGGAACGGAUCUGUUUAGCCGGUGACGAGCGUGAUUCAAUUACGUGGAUGCACGAUACCGAGUCGCUCAAGAGAGCCAUGCUUGUGCAAACACGCUGUCGGUCCGUGCACGCUUCUAAGGCUCUAAUGAAAACAAGUAGGCGGUGGAUGUCAUUCCUCAUCAGUGAUUCUCAUUAAUAUUCGAGCGUGGUGUGUAAUUAACCAAAGGCUCAUCAUAAAGGAUGCGAAUCUGACGUUGGAUCGCGAUCGAGCCGGUGAUUCUCUAUUACGAGGGAUAAAUAAACGUCUCUUAACGGUGGUGGUUAAUGGACCAAUCGUUAUUGCUUUGCGAAACAAAGAUUUUUAUUUCUAAUUUCUAUUUCUUUUCUAUCAUCAACCGGUUUGUAUUCUCUGUCUUUUUUAAUCGUAACAGAAAACCGGUGCACGCGCCUGUUCUUCCCUCCGCGUUACACUCAUUUUUAUUUCCACGCGUGGUACCAUUUUAAAUAUACGCGACUUUGGGAGAUGGCUGCUCGCGAAGGCAUCGCGGGCCGAAUCUUUUGACAGCGCUCGUUUUCGCGUUUAAUUCUCUUUUUGGCGGGCUACUCGCUUGGGAAGAGAGCUCGCGCCGCUUUUCUGCUCGCGUUAGCGAGGCGAGCAACGAACGGCACGACUCUUUGUUCGCGAAAGGAAUUCGCUGACGACAGGUUUCGCUGAAAUCGCGCGAUUACGCGCACACCUCGAGAUAAAUCGAGCCGGCCCAGCGAACGAACACGGGCCGGUGGUGCGCGACGCGGCGCGAGUAAUUGAAAUUUGUCAAGCUUAAGAGCCCUCUUUCGCGACGAACUCUAUGGAACGGUUGGCUCGUUAGCGCGAAUGCCCGAGAUGUAAAAAUGUUUCGCGUUAUGUCGCUUCCUCUUUACUGCUUCCUUUCUGAGCCACGUUCGUUCGACCCUUUCGUUGCGAUCUUCUUCCUCGCGAGAAAGGCUUCUGCUCGUUUGUGAAACGUGCGAUAUAUCAAGGGGGAUGGUUUUGAAUUAGAUCAAUGGAAACGAUAUAAUGAACAUUCUUGAAAUUUUAAUUAAACUUAGAAAGGACGUAAUAUUUAAAUUACCUUAAUUUAUUCAUAGUCCAACGUCGAUUAAAGCCAGUCAAAUCGUUGAAAAAUGAAAAAUUAAAGUCUUCAAAGCUUCUCGAUCACUUAACGGAUCAAAAAGUGGUUAAAGAAAGCGUUAGAACCGCGAAAUUCCCGCUAAAACGUUUCCACCGCGACCCAACAAAGCAUACUAGCCAAUAAUUGUGCAGGAUAAAUGGGCGACAGAAGCAAUGGGACAGAAAAUCAGUCGGUUGUGUACCGUGAAGGAAGAGAGGUCGAGAGGAGUACUCUCGCAUUCCGAUGAACAGCAAACCCAGAAACAGGAGGGACUGGCAGGGUGACAAGUAGAGAGGAGAGAAAAAGCGAGAGAAGGUAAAUCGGGGAGAAGAGAAAGAAUGAGAGAGUGUGUUCUCGCAAAUCAGUAGGAGGCGGCAUCGACCUCGCGUCUAUUCAUCUCUUUCCCUUUUUCGAUCUUCCCCUUCGAGCCUCCCUUUUCUCUCUUUUUCCUCGCUUCUUACUCCCGCGGAAUCCUUUCUUCUGUGUGUGCAUUGUGCGGAUAAUACCGGCGCUGGCUUCUUUCGCGUGGCUGUGGGUGAAAACGAGCCAGCAGAUACCGCGAAAGUAAAAGAUAAAAAAAGGAAGAACGAUCGGUAUUCUCUCCCACUCUCUUUUUCUCUCUUCCUCGCUUCAACCCUUUGGUUCUCUCUCUCUCUCUCUCUCUCUCUCGUUUCUUCCAUACAUUUUCGAAAAUAGUCUAACCUAAAAAUAUGCGAGAGAGUAAAGAUGCAAGAACUCGGCUGGCCGUGUAAGAAUCCCCUUUGUUCCUCGCGAUUUUUCGUCGCAAACCUGUAACGUUCCCGUUAAACAUUAAUGUUGUUACACUCUGGAAACUACAUCCUGUCACAAUUAUUCGAAUUAAUUUCGGAUGGUCGAGUUUUUCGAACAAUUGUGCGAUUACAUUACCGCGCGAACAAUUAAUAAUAAUAAACUAAAGCAACCGGUAAUGAUUUAAUCAUUUCAAAGCAGUUUAUGUUGAAUUUACAACCGAUGUAAUUUUGUGCCGCAUAUAAUCGAUGAAAAUACUCUGAAACGCGUCAUCGACUCGUACAAAUUACAUAUUUCUCUCUUUGUAUCCUAAUCUCCGCUUAUCUUUAGUACAUUCGAAAUUUGUUGCUGGUUUUCGAGUUAUCCCUGAUCGUCAACGGAUUGUGUCAUCGUUGAAGAAAUUUAUAGUUCUUCAAAUACCAAUCGAGAUUACGAGGAAAAUUCGUCAUUUAAAUCGUUUGUUUGAGAAAGAUUAUCGCCUACAUAUAAAGAAACUGAAGAACGUAUCGAAUGUUUCAAAAGUCAUUCUUCAUUCUAUUUCCAAGUAGUGUACAGUAGCAUAUAGUUAUCAAUUUUUAUUAUAAAAUUAAAUUUACAGAAGAAAUGAACACAAAGCAAAUCGAACUCAUCGCACUUUCAGAAUAGUUUAUAUUACUUGAAACGAUCUAACGUCCUAGUGAACCUUAGGUAGUUACUUUAGUUACUAAAGUUCGAUGUAUCUUCUAGUAAGUUUCACGCGUGAAGGAAUGGUUCCUGCGUAGAAAGUUCGUAUCCAUAGAUCGAGGCGAUUAGAGCAUACAAGUUGGACCGUUUAUCCUGAAAAUUGCCAGCAACGCAACAGCCAGUAUUAAUUGAAACGCGACACGCGGCGUACAGUAUGCAAAGAAUGUAGAGUGGACGGCCAUCAAUUGCGCGGGUGAUGCUCGCACGAUACUCGGCCCGUCUUUAUGAUACCGUGUCGGACGUUUAAUUACAAACGUUGCACCCUUGGUCUGUCGUGAUAUUCGUGCAAUAUCUGCACGCGACAUCCACGUUGUUAAUAUUGUGUCUCGUUUCGAAGAUACAUAUCGCGUUCAACAUUAGCCGCUAACGUCAUAGCGGGCUCUGAUCCUUAAUCAUCGUACUUAGUUCGAGCAGUCGAUGUAACCGUGAUAAUUUUUAUACACGCGACAGAAAUUUUACCUUGAUUAUCUCUUUAAGAAUAAUCAAUUAAAUAAAGCUUGAAACAUUUAGUCUUCGUAUUUUGUUAUUGGGUCAUACGGAAGAAAUCAAGCAUUGUUCAAGAAACGAAUCUUUUUAUUAGAAUCAUUUUGUUAGGAUUUUUUUUAACAUUUGGAGCACGCAUGCGCAACGAUUGAUACGAUGCGAUGGAUACUCAGAAAUAUUACAAGGAGCGCAAAUAAUAAAGCGUUACGCAAAAAAUAAUAAAAACACGGUUAUCGCGUAGGCGUCAGGUUUACGGGCGAUUUAUAUGGGUUGAGUAUCACUGGCGGAUUUGUAAUAAGUGUAAGCGGAGCGAUAGAGAUGCGUCGCACUCGCAGUGGUACCGUUUGCGCGCUCUCUUCUCCUCGAAUCCCGGCACACCGUGAAAUCGUGAUGACGCAACGGCCAAGUGUUGGUGGAGGUUCGGAGAGUGCGGACGACGUGUCGCGAAUGCGCCUGUGUAAAAGCUUCGCUGCCAGCUGCACGGCAGCCGCUUAAGUCGCGCUCGUGACUCUACCGUCGAGGAUGCGGACGGUUUCUAUCUUUCAAAGAAAUUUUCAUCGGCUAGGAAUUUUAGAAAUUCAAAAUUCAAUUACAUUUAUAUAUCAAAUUAUUCGCAAGAAAGAAAUUACUCAAUUUUUAUAAUUAUAUUUUUAUUUUGAACACUGAUUCUUGGGACGUUCAUAGUACACCGCAUACGGUCACAGUGCGUAACAAUGCGUACGUUGAUCGUCACUCGCGCCGCCUCGUCGUUCUCACAGUUCACGGUGCAUCGUAUCGACUCCGUUCCCUUCGCCCGACGCCACACUCGCGCAACGUGUACAACUAUCGAAACUAUACAUGAUAGACGCGUUACGGUACAGUCACCGUUCGAGGCGAUGCUUUCGGAGCGGAGGAUGCGUAGUCGGUGGCAUUAUACGGGUGGCGUAAAACAGCUAGGCAAAGCUCCGAUCGCAUCGAGUAGAACUCGAAUCGAAUCGCAGUCAAAGUCGAAGUCGUGACGAGUCGCCUCGGCUCGACUCGGCUCAAAGACGAGUACGGCCGAACGUUUGCCUACGUGCGCGCUUCGUGCUGUUAGCGUAGCCGAACGACACGGUACGGCACGAUACGAUACGAUUCGGGACGGGUUGGGACGAGACGAGACGAGGCGACACGAGACGAUACGAGACAGGACGAGACGACACGAGACGGAACGGAAUGGUGCCUGGCGAGGUGGGACGAGGCGAGGCGAAGCAAGGCGAGGCCAGUCGAACGUAGCCGAAUCGAGUCGAGCCGAGUCGAAUUGAGAAACGGAGUCAGUGGCUGGCGACUCUUCGGGGCGUCAGGUUCUUCGUGUGGGGUUUGUUGUUGUUUCGCGCUCCCUGCAAACCACGUGCGCAGCUUCGUGACAGCUCUGUUAUCGAAGCCGUAACCGUACAACUAGACGUUCCAUUCGUUGCGUACUUUUCCAUUGGUGAUAUUCUCGAGGCAACAAUACAAAUCAUAGAAAAAUUUUAUUAAAAAUUAGCUUUUCGAAUGAAUGCUGUCAAAGAGCAUCGUAACUCGAAGGUACAACCGUUUCGUUAUACUAAAUACGCGUUGUUGACGUAUCAUGGUGACAAUGAGAAAAUAAUUUUUCAAAUGUUAUUACAUUUGAAAUAAUCGCGAUAAUAAGCGAGUGAAAUGACUCGAUCGAUAAUUGAAAUUUUUAUACAACUAAUAGUGUUGCUCGUUAGAUUAGAAAAGCAGCGAUAAGGACGGGAAAGGCGUCUGAAACUCGAUGGGGUUCGUAGAUAUUACAACUUUAAAUUUGUCACGAUGACUUGGCUACGUGCCCUCGACGGUUAUCGCAGCCGAGACUUUCGUUAGCAACUCUUAUCUGGCUACGAGAAUAACCUGACUGCACAGCGUAAAUAUUAUGAAUGCAGGAAUCUUCGAAUCGUGCGACGAGUUAAAAUUACAAUGUCCCCUAAUCGUAUCCGGAGCGUUGCCAACCGCAAAAAGCACACGGAAGAAAACUAUAUCAAGGACAAAUGAAAUUCGAAAAACUUAUCAAUUUUCUCGGUCGGACUAUUAAAAGUGAGAAAGAGAGGGAGUGAGAUAGGUGGGCCAUAUCGUUUCUUGGCAGACAGACGACAAAAAAUAGAACGUUAUCCCACACGAGCCAGUAACGUUGCUCUCGUAGCAUCGAGUCGGCCAGCGGACAAAAUAAGUGGACCGCGGCAACGAGCAAGAACGUAACGUGGGUAAAUUAGUCACGAAACAGGUACGUCUGCAACAAGAAACGGAAUAAUAACGAGCGUGGCCGGAAGAACGUGGAAACGACAGAAGAAGAGGAAGAAGAAGAAGAAGAACAAGAAGAAGAAGAAGAAGAAGCAGAAGGAAAGGUGUACUUUUAUUCGUCCGACGAACUCGCCACCGAGAUAGACAACCACUGCGAAGAGAUAGGAGAGGAGCAAACAGAGUGAAGCAAGAAAAGCACGAAUAAAGAUAGUGGAAACUGGGAGGAAGAAAGAGGGAGAGAGAGAGAGAGAGAGAGAGGAGCGAAGAAGGGAGUGACGAGCGAAGGAAGGAAAGGAAGGAUUUAGAGAGAGGGAAGAGAGCGGAGAGAUUUCUGGGCACGCGCACUCCACCUGCUAGCGUGUAGUGGCACGCGCCAUACCCACCCCCUCCGCUCUGCACGUUUCGUCCUCCCCCUCCCCUUCGUCCGUCUCUUUCCGCAGUCCCUCUUUGGCGUUACCUCCUGGUUCUACCGCGACCGUCGCCACCGCCGCCGCCACUGCCACCGCCACCGCCUCCACCUCCGCCUCCGAUUCUUCCCUCCCGUCCCCGUCCCCGACCUCCGACACCGACCCCGCUUCCUCACCAUCGCCCCUCGUUCCGCCGUGUCUCUCCUCCCGCGGGAAUCCCCUCCCGUGUUCCCCUCAACGCGUGCCGCCGUUCCAAGACCGGGACGCGCGGGAGUCAAUCGCUCGCGGACUUCGAUAGGACGAGCAUACAGGUCCUUGGCUCUUCCUCUACUCUGUUCGACGUUUCUCUGUCCGAGCAUUCGCGCCUCGUGUCGCUGGCUCGUGAUUUCGUGUGUUCCACGCUUUAUUCCUUCCUUCCACUGUUUCGUUACUCUAUUUUUCAAUCUGUCCACUCUUCUCAAGGGAGAGGCGAUUCUAGAACAUCGCAGAGCUGUUUCCCUGCUGCUCCGACAGAAAGCAUUUAAAGGGAUCGCAGGAAGAUUCGUAAAGGAAAGUAGAACGGUACGUCGCGUGAUCCGGUUUAGGACACGGCGCGUGAGCCAUCCGUCUACAAGAUACCUCGGAGCGUAUGGUCGAGCUCGAAUGGUCAAAGUUCGCGUUGAAUUUUCACGAUCGGCAACCGUGGUUCGUAAUCAGGACAGAGUGGCGGGAGAAAGGAAAAGGCGAACCGUACGAGUGGAGUUGCCGGCCGAUGUUUGCGUAUGAAAAAAUCCGCUCGUUCUCUUCCACCUCUUCCUCCUCUUCUUUCCGGCGUUCGUCUGCUGCCAGGGGGGCAACGUGCCGGCCGAUCCGUGCAUUGUAAACAAAGAGAACAAAGGGCCAACGGCGACAACGACGACGACGACGAGGACGAAGACGAGGAACGAGGACGGCGACAACGACCAGCAGAAGAACGUGGGAAGGGAAAAACGUAAGAAGGAGGAAGGAAAGCGAAGCAACGAGAUAAAGGGUGGGGGUCUGACGCGUGCUACUACCGCCGUUAUUUCCAUUACAACAAAAAUAGUCCAGUCUCUGUGGUGGACAAGAGAUAGGGUGAAAAGAGAAGGAAGAUAGUGUUGGCAGAGAAUAACAACAGUAAUAUAAAGUUAUCGUAAUAUAUAUACACGCACACGUGUGAUUACGCGUACCCAGUCAGUGUUGGCCACGCACGAUGCGACAGUAGUUGAAGUGGGUACUUUUCGGAGUAAACACGGCAAAAAUAAAUUUCAGAUAAAUUCGGGACGAAUCGGCUGGAUCGAAGCAGACAGGAAAGAAAAGAAAAGAAAAAGGAAACGAUACUUUGGUAGGCGAGUUUUAUUCCGGAGCAACUGCCUUUCCGUUCUCUAAAGUGACAGCAGUGACACAGAGUGGUGGUGCGCGGAUCAGCUGUUCGUCGAGGAGCCGCGUUACAACACGCGUCCCUCGCCUGCUCGAUCACCGACAUCCUCUGCAAAUUUUCCAAGCAAAUUUUCCUUACCAUCCGAUUCGACAGUUGAAAAAGAAAAAGAUCGCGCGUCUCGUCUUCGUACGUGCGUUUCGAGUCGACCUUCUCGAACCACCUGUUGACGAUUUACGAGGGAAAAUCGACGUCUUCGCGCUGACCAGGGCCUAACUUCCUCUCGGACGAUUUAAAAAAGUAGCUGAACGAUAUCGUGAUCGUUCGGUGUAAAAAUUGUCCGACUGUCGCUGCGCUUGGUCCACCGAAGCCGAGAAAAAUCAUUUUCGCGAUGAAUUCGGUGAAGUUUUUCGAGAACAUGGUCGAGUCGGACUCAUGGACGCGUGUAAAAAUCGUUGAAAGACAUUGAGAUGCAAAUUCGAUGCGAGUUUCACGGGCAGACGUUGUCGUUGGAGAUAACGUGAAAAAUAUGCAACCGGAGAAACUUUGAGUGACGGUGGUGGGCGCCGAGUGUUUUUCGGUGUGAGCGUUAUCGAGAGCGUUGUUUAAUAUACGCCUUUAUCUGUCGGUCGCAUCGACGGUGACAGAAAGAAGAGGCACGUUGAAGAAAAGAGAAAGAGAGACGGUAAAGUUCGGAGGUCACGGAACCGUUGGACGAUAUGCGGCACGCAAACUCGUUUCGACGAGCGGCUGAGAAUUUCGGCUGGCUGAUCCAAGCCGACGCACUCGCGUCGAUCGGACACCAAUAGCAACGGGAAACAGUGGUGAUAUGCUGGGCGGGGGACACGGCACCGUCGAUUCUAUUCCCGGCGUCUUUUUCUUGUCGGCGUGACGUUGGAGGAACGCGCGAGAAGAGAGUACAUACACCGUACCGCGGCCGACGUUGACGCGCGCUCGCGCGUGCUAACCAACGCUGACUUCGCUGGUAAUAGCUAGUCAAUGUGAACGGAAGGGCAUUACGUUUAAACGGGCAUCGUGUGUACGUGUACAGUUGUUAAAUAAUAGGUGAAUUCUCGGCUAAGUUGUACAGUGGAAACGAACGAAACGGACCGGACGUAUUGUUUACACCUUUGAUGCAGUUUGGAAGAGCGACCGAGAAGUCGGGCACCUCGGCUCUCGGGCUGGCCAACAACCGGAUGAUUUAGUUCAGUAACGUCGUGACUAGCGGGCCUGUUGUGUCGCGCGUGUGAUACUUGUCUCGAUCCUCCUCGUUGCAUGCGUCGUUACGGGGCCGACGAUCUUGUUGCGUGGUCGGGCGCGAAAGAAAGUUCCUUCGGUAUCAGCGAUUCGAGCGCCUCCAGAAAAGUGCGGAAGUGACGAGGAAAGGGAAAGUAAGCCGGUUGCGUUGGCGCGUACAGAAAAAUGACCUUCAAGUUCCGUUGAGAAGAAAAUCUUGCGAGUUUAAUCCUGAUCGAAGGAACGGUGGUGAAAUAUGGAUCUGUAAUGCAACGCGAUUCGUCGAAGGAAUAGAUAUCUUAAGUUAGUGUGUUAUACCGUCAGGAUAUUCUAGUGAGGACAAAAGAAAGAAGAUAUCGUCGAAGGGGCAUGGUGGGCCUCCACCAACCAGGGCCACAACAGGCCCGGGUGGCCCCCCUGUUGUAACUAGGAAAUCCCUCGCUGUCGUGCAGCUCGUGCUCCAUUACACUGCCUGGAAUGAUGCAGCAAAAAUUCGUGAAGAGGACGGCCGAGGAGUUGGAGCCAGCGGGCGGUGGUAGCGGAGACGGUGGCUUCGGCGAGCCCCCGGUGAAGCUGCAAUGCACGCAGGCACAGCAUCAACAUCAGCAGGGUCCCGGUGGAGGAGGCGGUGGCGGGCCUCAUCACGGCCACGGUCAGCAUCCGGCCGGAAACGGUACGAACUCGACGGGUCAGACGCACGGCGGUGGCGGAGGUGGAGGAGGAGGAGGCGGCGGUGGCGGGAACGAAGGAUUGACCAAGUUCUCGGUGGAGAUCGUGCAGCAACUAGAGUUCACCACGUCGGCCGCGAACUCGCAGGCUCAACAGAUAUCCACGAACGUAACGGUGAAGGCGUUAACGAACGCCUCUGUGAAGAGCGACCUGCUGAAUGCGUCGUCGUCGCCGAAAUCAGGCCCGGACACACCAGCAUCCGGCACGUCGAGAGCUCAGGCUGGGAACGGAAACGGAGGCGGACCGGGUUCCGGUGGCGCUGGCACAGGUGGCCCAGCUGCCCCCGGUGGUAUCGGCUGCGUUGAUAUCGGCAACCUGGUCGAAUGCAAACAGGAACCCGAUAACGAGUUCGUCGACCUAGAACAGUGCGCCGCCGCGUUGGAAAAAGACGCGGCGGCGAACGGUGCCGGUUUUCCCGGCUUCUCCGAUUUCAUGGGAGAUGACACGGGUGACGAGAUUAUCACCUCCGACGCGUUCAAAGAUCUCAUCUCGGAGAUUUCCGACUUUCAUCCGGAGUUCAUGAAGGACUUUGAUUUCGAGGAGAAGAUCCCUGUGGACGCGUUGGCGAACAAUGCAGCGGUGGCUGCGGCCGCGGCUGCUGCUGCAGCAGCGAAUAACAACAACAACAACAGCAUCGCGACGAACAAUGGGCAAAUUAAAAUCGAGGAUGAUAAGGACGCGAUACACCAGCAACACGGGACCACCAAUAACAACAAUGUGAAUAAUGGCACGGGUCCCAAUAACGGGAACUCGAUGCCUGCCAAUUCUAGCCCUGGUACUCUCGGCUCGGCCCAAUACUCCCCUGUCCGAUUACCUUAUUCCGGCUUGGACUUCAAGUCUGAGAUGAGCCCAGCCGCCCAAACGUUGAAGCAAAUGGCCGAACAACAUCAGCACAAGAGUCAACAGCUUGGCCUGGGCGGUUUCAACCCCAGUGCCGCGGCCGCGGCAGCCGCUAGAGGACCAACAGCUCGUUCCCCUUACGCGGAAUUCCCGCAAUUCGGUGGCGCGUCCGAUUACCUUGGUAGCCCUGGUAGCACGGGUCCAGCUGGUGGACAAUCACAGACGAGUGCGGGUACUGGAUCGUAUCACAAGAACAACGGCACGUCCGGAUUCCAAAGCCAACAAACUAACGACAUGUUCGUCGGCUCGCAAACCCAAUUCGCUGCCGGGCUGGCGGACAUGAAGAGACCGCAAGCUGGCAGCGGCGGCAAACCGAGCAUGCUUGGCCCAAGCGGAGGAUACAAGCAGCAGUAUUCGCCAUACGGUAGUCCGGGAUCGAUGCCGAAUCACGGCAGCCCCGGUUAUCCGCUUCCACCGAGAGGCUCCCAGGGCGGUGGACCCAAUCAAACCGGCUCCCAGGGACCCUUCACCAGCUCCACGCCCCCGAGACCUCCCUCGGGACCCGGCACCUCCACUUUGCAGAUCAACCAGGCGCAGCAGCUACACAUCAACAAUCCUGGCCAUCAGAUUCAGGUGUCUGCGGGUCAGCAUAUGCAAUUCACAGGAGACCUGAAACCUGGUGUAUCAGUGGCCGCUCAACAGGGCAUGUACUUCAACCAACAACAGAGCCAAAAUCAGUCAGGACCAGGUGGUCAAAACGACACGUACUGUUCUGUCUCCCAGUCUCAGACGAUCAACUUCACUCAACAAAGUCUGAAACAAAGAGCCGCGGCCGCGGGUGGUGUUCCUCAGCCUGCAGGAGCUCCAGGAGCUCGUAACCAUCCUCAACAAGUGCCGCAGAAUCAGGUGGACCAACAUCAACACGCGAAGCUUCUUCAGCAACAACAACUGAUGCGCGCUCAGCAGGUAAUGCAACAACAGCAACACAUGGCGGGAGGAAUGGGCGGCGUGAGGCCACCACCACCCGAAUACAAAGCUGCCCAGGCCCAAAUGAUGCACGCUGGAAUCGGCAUGGGUCAGCAAGCAAGGUUUCCCAAUACUGGACCUAUGCGUAGGGUUACGCAACAACCAAUGCCACCUUCGGGUCCGAUGAUGAGGCCGCAAAUGGCACAGCAGCAACAACAGGCGUUACACGCGGCCGGUGGCAACAUGUACAUGGGUGGCGGUAGCAUGGCCGCCAUCGGUGGGAUGCAUCAGAUGCACCAACGUCUCGGAUAUCCUAGAACUAAUAAUCAGCGGCCGCCUAACGUUAGCGUCGGUCCGCCCGAGAGCCUCGGGAACAGUAUCGCGGGUCGUGGGGCUCAGCAGGAGUGGCGACACGUUCUGAUGCAGCAACAGGGCUUUCAAGCGCAGAUGCGAUCGCAAUUCAACCAGCAAGGUCACCAAGGUGGUUUCGGUAUGGGUGGCACUGGCGGUAUGCAGAUGAACGCCGCGCAAAUGCAACAUCAACAGCUGAUUCGUUCGCAAAGCGGAGGAAUCGGUGGUUCCGGUAUGGCGAACAGCACUCAGAUGCAGCAGCUACUGUCGCAGCAACACCAGCAGCAGACAUUAGCCAUGCAGCAGAGUAAUAAUCAGAUGUCACUGCAGAUGCAAAUGUCGCAAUCCUCAUCAGUCAACUCUGUCAGCAGUACCGGAACGGGUUCUCCCCUGCACCCCCAUCAACAGUAUGGCGCAGGUAGCCCAGGUGUACGUAGUCUGCCCCAACAACAACAACAACAACACUCGCAACCACAGGCAACCACUACGGACCCGUCAGUAGCCGCGGCUGACUUUAGCCUCGAAUUUCUGGAGAACCUCCCAACCGGGGACACGUCGAACUUCAGCGCACAGGAGUUGCUGAAUUCCCUCGACUCCACGGCGGGAUUCAACCUCGAUAUUCUGUAAGACCACGCGUAUCGCGGUCUAAUCGGGAAAUCGGAUGAAAUCGGGUCGGUUCCAAACACGAUCACGAUACAGACGCACCAGGAUCGAUCACCCUGUCGGAGCACAAAUUAAAGAUUAACGCGAUGAUCUCUCUCGUUCGUCGCUUCGUUGUGCUUCGGUGAUUCGCUCGGCGGGUGUCGUAGUUCGAUGAACUAAAGUGGAGCGUUAUCGUCCCGUCGAAAAUCAGACUAGAGUAGUUAGAUGAUUAUAAACAAAAGAUACAACUUGCUCAGGGCAUGUUCGUCUAGCAAAAUCACGGGAAAUCGUAAAGAAUGGUUAGGAAGAAAGCAGAUGAACAGGCUGCGAGGAACGAGAGUGAACGCAAAGAGGGAAGAAAAGGAAAUAAUUAAUUUCCAUGUUACGAUAACCACUUGGUAGGACGGCGACGAUCACGAUAACCCUGAAAAGGUCCUCCACGUUCGUCAAUUGAUCUAUCCUCAUAGGAGCGUCAGGGAGGGUGUUUGAUCCAGUCGAACCGGCCUCGGACCAAUCAAUCGUGCACCGUACCCGUGCACCAUGUACAGUAGUAAGAAUAAACACGUAAAACGGUGAGACUUCCUCGAUUGUUCCAGCUUCCGGGAGGAAGAUCGGUAAGAGGAAGACGGUUCGACGUUGAGUGCAGAGAGACAGGUCGUAGAGCAUUUUCGGCAGCUAUCCUCAGCUGGCAACCACAUUCUUCUAGGCAAUCACGUUUUAGGAAAAUUGAAUUUCUUUAUGGUAACGAUCGAAACAGCGAAGACCAGAGUGAAAGACGGAGAGAAUGAGAGAGAGAAAAUUGUGGAAAAUCAAGAAGUAAGUGGGAAAUUCGUUUUAUACAAACGUAGCUCCGAAUUCGUACACGUUUAUCCUGUUUUUAUCGAUCAGCUAGGGGAUCUCUCUUGAAAUUGAUCUUCUAUCGAGUGCACGCGUCGACGACACUUGGACGGUGACCUCGACGCGCACUCCUCGAAACGUUCGCGCGGCUUCCCUUGAUUUUUCACGAUCGACGAUCCGUGUGUUCGAUGAUAAGAGAAAAUGAUGGUCUUUCGUUGUUACCCUCGAGACGAGGUUCGACCGUCGCUCGUUCACGGCUAAACGUUAUUAAAGUAUAACGGCUAAGAACGUAGCGUAUUUAACGAUGCCGCGACGGCGUAUUUACAAUUAACAGAAAGUCAAUUACGAGAUAUAAAUACAUACAUAUAUAUAUAUAUAUAUAUAUAUAUAUUCGAUUCUCGAUGAAUUUCCGUGACCACUGAUGAUCGAAUCAGAAUCAGAAAUCGUUUGAUCGAAACGAUCCGUGGUCGCGUGUACGUAGGAUUCGCGUUGUGUUCGUUGACGAAGAGAGAAAGAGAGGGAGAGAAUGAAGAUGAAAACCUUCCUAUAGACGCGGCGUUUAGUGUUGCUACAGGAUGAAUUGAAAUCUUGACUGUACAUAUAAAAAAAAAUUAUACAACAUAUACACACAGGACCGUAAGCUCGCAAAGUUUAGCUGAUUAUUAAUUAAGAACUCUAACGAUAUAGGUAAAUAUUAUAUAUAUACAGAUAUAUAUAUAUAUAUAGGAUAAUAAUAGUAAUCGAGUUGAAUGAAUGUUAAGGAGAGAAAGAGCGUAUGUGAUGAAAACGCGUACUGAGAAAAUGACGAUGGGUGAAACGAAUGUUUUGCACGGCGAUAAAGCACAUUUACCUCGAACGAGUGUAUUUAUUGAGUUUUAGUCCCGCAGGAUGUGCUGUGUCGCCGGAAUCGACAGGUUGCACACGAGAAAUAAUCACGGUGAGGUGCGAACUCCGUUUUCGCUACGAUGAACCGCGUUCUCUUUCAGCGAAACAUUGAAUUACAUUCGACGCAACGCACGGUAAUGAUCGUUCGAUUAAACGAAAGUGUAUUCAUCGUGUUGGUUCAGUUCAAAAUUACUAUUUCUUGCCUGAGAUUAACGAGACGAUGAAUUAUUAUUUUUUUCUUUUUCUUUGUCUAAACGUAACGAGUCACCGCAGUUCAUCGUUACCGUGAAACGGGUCUGCGACUAAUCUUCCAAAUAGUGAUACAUUCCAUAGCUAAAGAAACAAAAAAUGGAGUAGGAAUCCACGGUUCGUCUAAUCAAAAGUAUCGUUUCUAAAAGUGAAUGAGGAGAAUAAGGGGGUCGUGAUAGAGGGGAUCUAUAAAGUUACAGCAAGAACACCGAACGUUAUAUAGAAGAUACGCGAUAGAAAAAGGGAGAAGAUGACGAGAAUAAAGAAUAGAAAGGAGUUAAAGAAAAAAAUAUAUAUAUAUAUAAAAAUAUAUCCUCGACCGUUCGCCGAAAAAACUAAAGUGUACACGAAUACUUCCGAUCGAAGUUUCGCUCGUCACUCUAUACAUAAUUAUUUUAUCAUUCGUGCUCGCGUGUACGCGCGAAUAUUAGCGAAAUAUCGAAACGUUCUUUUGUUUUUUUAUUUUCUUUGUUUGAAAAAUUCCCUCGAAACGGACGUAGGAGCGACGCGUUAUUAUUGUCUUGUAAAAUAUUGGGGCCAUGAAACAUAAUCUAAAGCAAGAAAAACGAGAAAAAGAUUAAAAAAAGAAAAUAAAAAGAAAUAAAUAAGGGAACGAAGGAGACAGAUGCUGUAAUUGUGUCCACGUCGAUAACGAGAUAACGUACGAUGUAAAUCGAGAGAAUCAAGCACGAUGAGAGAGAAAGGGAAAAUCGCCACGUGUUGUUCUGUUCUCUCUCUCUCCCCCCCUUCACCCUUAUAAUAUAAAUAUAUUAAUAACUACACGAAUACACGUUUCGUGAAUGAACGGAAACGAGUGACUGAGAGAAAGUAAGAGAAAGAUUGAGCGAAUGAACGAGCGAUUGUGAAUCGAGGCGAGACACACGAAACAAAGGAGACACGAGCAAUUCGUUUGUAGGGAAGAGAGAGCAUUAGGGACCAACCAAAAAUAACAAAGAAAAAUGAAGAACAAGAGAGCAAGAAGCGUGUGCCGAUGUCGAUUGUCGCGGUGGAUCGUUCUUCCUUUUAUAAUAUAAAUGUCGUCAUGAAAUAAUGAUAGAAAAAAGAAAACGUGCUGGGAGAAAGUAAAUCAGCUGUGCCUCGAAUCGUUCGCGACCGAUCACCAAACAUUAGAAACGAUCAUUUAGAGGGUGUUUCGGUCCUCGCGAAGCACGUUAUUCGAAUUUUCCACGUUUCGAAUAGAACAAAGUGAAAAAGAGAGAGUUGUUUUUCUCUUGCACCCUCGAUGUUGAUUGGACGGCAUCGGUUUCCAACCGAAGAGGACAAAGAUGGUCUCCGUUUUUCUUGUGUGUGUGCUCGGUUCAUCGAGGAGUCUCGAGCCGGAUAAAUACACGUAAUUAUUUAUAAUAUUUAUAUAACUUUAUAUAUGAUACACGGGCAUUUCGCAUAGAAUAAAAGUUCAUGUUGAAUCUCGAACUGUUAUCAAUAAAAAGCGUUGAGUUCCUACAAUCGUUUCUUUAAUUAGCUUCUGGAUGUAAUCCGAAGUUCGUGUCUCAUACAUUCUAGGAUCUGUCUAGGUUUCAUUGAACCCGUAAGAAGAAGAAACCAUCAGUUUCGAAAAUAUUCGAGACCAAAGAAUAAUUCGCAAUUGCAAAUCCAUCUAUAUUUUACCAAAAUUUCACGCUUUCAAAGACUGCUCCUGCUCCCGAUCGUCGAUUUAGAUUCGAAAUAAUAAAAGAAGAAAUGCGUUUUCUGAAAUUAUCCAUCUUAAAACGCGAAGACGAUGGACGUGUGCCUGAAAGAGUGAUAAUUUCAAAGAAACUUGGUUCAUUAUCGAUUCCUUCGAGGCUGUUGUUGCUAAGUGGAUUUCCCGCGCUCCAAACUAAUCCUCCCGUUCUCUGUCGAACGUUUCUAUUAACCCGGACACGAUGCACGACCCAUUGGGCUUUCUGACAGCCGGGGUCAGAGCACGUCCACGUGAAAAUCCAUUGUUUUCCCGGUCGCCGUCUCGGGACGUGCCUCGAUCCGUAGCGACGACGCUAGCCAACACUAGGUCGAACGAACGGUAGGCAGGCAGGGAAGCAGCCUAACGCGUCGUCGGGACGCGACGCCGUGGACACGGGAGGAGGAUCAAUAUCACGGUUAGGGAGAGAGCAGACUGAAAAUAGGAGCGAGAGUAGGAGCAGCGAUGAGGGAUAAGGAUUACGAGGAGUGAAGGAAAGAGCGAGAAAGUGUAGCAGAGAACCCAGCCCGAAAAUGUCAAUUCGUCGGCCCCUGGCUCCUCGUGAAAUUACGAUCGUGACGAGGGUGUUCGCGAAUCGUGGCCGAUUUCAUUAGAAUCUUACCGAUUACCGUGAAAUUUUCAGGUGCUAGCGUUUAGAAAGAAUAUUCUCUUCAUUUCAGAUGCAUUAUCUUACCUUCGAGUACUAGGUCGAUUCAGGGUUUUCGAAACAAGGUUUAAUUUAAAUGUGAUUCUUACAAUUUACAGUAGAAUCUUGGACGAAUGUUUCGUCGAUGGGUUUCCUUGGAUAAAGUUAGGGUAUCCUAUCUUCUUACACGAAUAUCGAUCACAUGCGUGCUUUCGUUGGCAGAUGAUUCAACUGGAAGAGAAGCAAAGUGGGGGUGUAGAAUUCUUCAGAAUCGGCAGAUUUCGAGGUGGAAUUUCAUUGAUCGAACGCGCUAACACACGAGGACGAUCCACUGGCCGACAUUGAUACGGCACGCAACAAUGCUCCGAUAUACACGCGAUUGUGCGAAUGAAAAUCCGUUGUGAAACUAUCAAUUAGCUGACCUUUCCGAUACGGAAAGACACGUGACAAUUAUGCGUUAAAUCGAAUCAUGUUUCUUUUCAAUCUCUCGCCUCAAUAUUGCAGUGUCUGCAAACGAGAGAACGUAGUAGACACUGGAAACUUCCGGAAAUAUCGGUGCCUGAAGAUACAGGAUUUUUAUCUCCACGAAAGAAAGAAUAAUUUAAUUAAACACUUGUUUGUUAACCGUCUAGAAUAGUAAUUAUCCUUCGUCGUAAAGGUCAGCGAGAGAUUUCUUCUGCUAAGUUCUUAUUCGACCGAAUGGAAAUACAAGGAAAAACAACAACCAAUCUGCGGUUCUUGUAUCCAAUUUAUUUCACACUCGCUUGCCUUGCGUAGAGCGUCGACUAGAUGAUUUUCUACUGAUCCUCUCUUUACAAGAAUACGAAAACAUCGUCGAGGUCGUCGCGAGUAUCGAAACGGAACACCUUAACCCGUUCGUUGCCACAUCGGUCACUGGUGACAGGCUAAAAGGAAUAGAAAAAAUUACAAAAAAUUAUACACGCCAUUAAGAUCGCAGUAUUUAUGCGAGGUAGCAAAUGAAAAACUUGAUUUGAAAAAUGAAACGUAUGCAUUGCAGUUACGAAGUGUCUGACUAUACAUGACCAUUUCCCCUGUGCCGGUGAAUAUGUUAAAACACACCUUGCUAAUGUAACAUCAUUUCGAAGGUCGGUCUCUUCGAUUCCUCUCGAAAUGGCUCUCGUAUUUUCUUGAAAUUCUGAUAAAAUUUCCAUUUCAGUGAAAUUCAUUUCAACAUAUUAAACGCGAAGAGAUCCUCCUUCGAAUAAACGAAGCGGAUUCAGCAAUAGAAGGGAUCGAUGAAAAAGGAGAAUUGCGAUUGAAUGAAUUAAUCACGUUCCCUCGAUCGUUGUUUCUUUCUUUCAAAAACGACCAUACGUAAGAAUCGUUCGAUUUUGUCCAUCGAAUAAUCGCGCGAUAAUAAAUCUCGCUAUACAAAACGACACUUGUGGGAUCAGUAUUUACAAGAAGCGACGAGCUUUCAUUGAACAAGGUAUAAAUUCUCGGUCGAUCGACGACGACAACGACUCGCGCUCGGGAUCGCGGGCGAUAGAGAAGCAUAAACGAGCAUCGGUUUCUUUUUCCCUUCGUCAUUGUAAAUAGCGCAGUGUAGUUGAAAGGGCGAUGAAGAAAGGUGGUUAGAUAGAGACAAUGAGAAAGAGAGCGAAGCACGUGACUGUAAUUUUUGCGGCUGACGGAUAAUCGGCGAACGCAAGAGGGGAUGGAGAAUGCAGAAAAUAGUCGUUUCUCUCCCUUCUCGGCGAGAAAUCGUAUCGAACGGGUCAUAGGACACGUUUCGUGAUGGGUGUGCAACAGUGACAAUCUCGAGAAAAUUAAAAGAAAAAUUAAGGGGUCGAUUUAAUUGACACGAUUUAGAAUGAAAAGAUAGGAAGGGGAGAAAUGUAACUCGUAAGGGAUGACGCGUGCUUCCGUCGCGGAUCCAUCAACGCCAGAAUCAAUACUCUCUUCACGCUAUUGUUCUCAAAACGAUUGUGAUAUACAUAUAUAUUAUUGUUAAUGCUGUAACGAUGUAACGAUAGAGAUGAAGCUCCUCGUUAAGACGAGUUUUUCGAGCGUAACGUAUUAUGGGGUGGGUUUAUUAGAAAAGAGGCGCAACACGUGGUCAUCCUAGAUUAUUUGAUGAAACUAACGCACGUUCUUGAUGACUCUAACCGGAAAUUCGAUUGUCGAUGAUCCGUGCCGCGAAAUUUACACAGUGAAUCGAGGCUGCAAUAAUGUAAUAGUAAAAGAAACAAUAAAGAUGAUGAAUUAGGUAAAAUAGAGAGGGAGAGACAGACGCGCGUUGGUUGUAUCGAGUCGCAAGGGAAAUAAUGCCUGUAAAUAAACGAACAAGAUGUGAAAAAAAAAA